AAGAGAGGGAAGCAGGUUUGAAUGAAGGAAGAAGAAUCAACCAGAGGUGGUCCUUGCUAGAAGGGUUGUUUUCAAUCAAAAUCACAUUUUUCUUAUCGUUUUAUUUAGGAGGAGCGAAUCAAGACACGACAACCAUUGCUUGCCACUUCUACUGUAGUGCUGGAAGAUCUUUAAAAGCUUUGUUUUCAAUAAAAAUCACCUUUUUCUUUUCGUUUAGCUAUCUGCCUUGAUUGCUACACCCUCUUCAAGCUCAAGUGCUCAGCAGUACUCAGUCUCUUCACUUUGCUUCAAGCUCAGCUCAGGGAUAUUGUAUCCUCAUAUGGGGAAUAAAAUUCUUCUCAAGGUUUUCUGUUUAUGGGCUUUGACAUGCUUGCUUCUUCCUGCUAACUCUAAUGGCCUGGUGAGAAUAGGUUUGAAGAAGCGCCGUCUAGACCUUGAUACUAUUAAGGCUGCCAGAAUUGCUAGACAGGAGGGAAAAUCAGGAGCAGGUGCAAACAGUUUGGUCCAUGAUCUAGGAAGUUCAGAUGCAGAUAUAAUACCCCUUAAAAACUAUUUGGAUGCUCAAUACUUGGGAGAAAUUGGUAUUGGCUCGCCCCCACAAAACUUAGUCAUAUUUGACACUGGAAGCUCCAAUCUCUGGGUUCCAUCAUCAAAAUGCUACUUUUCUAUUGCCUGCUAUUUCCAUUCCAAGUACAAGUCAAGCUUGUCGAGUACAUAUAUCAAGAAUGGGAACUCUUGUGAAAUACAUUAUGGAUCAGGAUCAAUUUCUGGUUUCUUAAGUCAAGACAAUGUUCAAGUUGGGGGCCUUGUUGUCAAAGAUCAAGUUUUUAUUGAGGUUACAAAAGAAGGAAGUCUUUCAUUCGUAUUGGGGAAGUUUGAUGGAAUACUUGGGCUUGGGUUUCAGGAAAUUUCAGUUGGGAAUGUUGUCCCUGUGUGGUACAAUAUGGUGCAACAAGAUCUUGUAGAUGAUGAGGUGUUCUCGUUCUGGCUCAACCGAAAUCCUGAGGCGAAAGAGGGUGGCGAGCUUGUUUUUGGAGGGGUCGAUCCGAAACACUUCAAGGGAAAGCAUACCUAUGUUCCAGUUACCAAAAAAGGGUACUGGCAGAUCAACAUGGGGGAUUUUCUAAUUGGCAACCAUUCAACAGGUCUUUGCGAGGAGGGCUGCGCUGCAAUUGUGGACUCCGGAACCUCAUUGCUUGCUGGUCCAACACCCAUCAUUACCGAAAUCAAUCAUGCCAUUGGAGCAGAAGGGGUUGUGAGCGCUGAGUGUAAGGAAGUGGUUUCUCAGUAUGGAGACUUAAUAUGGGAACUCUUAAUAUCAGGGGUAAAACCCAACAAAGUAUGUGCGCAACUUGGUUUAUGCAUUUUCAAUGGGGAUGAGUAUGUGAGCACUGGUAUUGAAUCAGUGGUUGAGAAGGAAAACAAGGAGGGAUCAUCUGCUGGUGAUGAUCUUCUAUGCAUUGCUUGUGAGAUGCUUGUUAUUUGGGUCCAGAAUCAACUAAGAGAAAAGGAAACAAAGGAAGCAGCAAUCAACUAUUUAGAUAAGCUAUGUGAAAGCCUGCCUAGUCCAAUGGGAGAGUCAGUGAUUGAUUGCAAUAGCAUUUCAACCAUGCCAAACAUCUCAUUUACCAUCGGAGAUAAACCUUUUAGCCUCACUCCAGAGCAGUAUGUUCUGAAAACCGGAGAAGGCAUUGCUCAAGUUUGCAUCAGUGGGUUCAUGGCUUUGGAUGUGCCGCCUCCACGCGGUCCUCUGUGGAUUCUUGGUGAUGUAUUCAUGGGCGUGUAUCAUACCGUCUUCGACUAUGGUAACCUUGAAGUGGGUUUUGCAGAGGCUGCUUAAUGAUCCUUCUGCUAGGCUGUAAUGCUAUGACAGAUUUUCCUAUGCCAAUCAGAGAUCACUCUGUAAUGUAAAUGUUUGUUAGGCAUAUUAGGACUAUGAAUUGAUAAUCUAUUUGUAUCCAUCAUCUGCUAAAAACAAGGCAUCAGGACAAUUUUAAAGAAUAUCAAGGAACAGAAUGUUUAAAUUUU